AUGCGCUCUCUGAUUCCUUUCCUCUACCUGCUCCUCAUCGCAGGGGCAUCAGACCACACCAUGCCCUUCAUGGAGUACCUGGACCAGAACCAUUUGGUCUGCCUAAAGUGGGGCUUUGAUAACCUGGAAGGGAACAUUACAUUCAAGCUGAUAGUCAACACAACAGGUUGGGUGGGCUUUGGCUUCAGUCCGAACGGAGGCAUGGCGGGGUCAGAUAUCGUCAUGGGGGGACUUGGAACUGGUGGAACCUACUUCGCAGACUAUCAUGCCACAGGGAACUCCAUGCCUUUGAUGGACCAGCAGCAGAGCUACACUCUCCUAUCUCUGAACGAAAGUGACGGUCAAACCAUCAUUACCUUUCAGAGGACCAUCCAGUCGUGCGACGACCAGGACGUCCACAUCACGGCUCAGCCCAUUAAACUGAUCUAUGCCUACGGACCAACAGAUGACAUCGCUUACCAUCAGGCCCGUAGAGGCACCAAGGAAGUCAACUUGCUGAACUACAUGACCAGGACGACCUUAACCAGCGUCAGCUAUCUCAGUGCCACGGUGGACAGUAUCACUGUUCCUUCCAGUCAAACCUACUACCACUGUAAGGUCAUGAAGUUUCCAACCUUAAAUACAAAACAUCACAUAUAUCUGGUUGAACCAGUGAUUGAGCACCACGACAUGGUCCAUCACAUGCUGCUGUACCGCUGCCCCUCCUUUGUGACGGAGCCGUACGACAAGCCGUGCUACAGGGGCGACAUAGGGGACGCCUGCUUCAGGGUGGUGGCUGCGUGGGGAGUGGGAGGAGGGGUGUUUGAGUUGCCAGAAAAUGCGGGUAUUCCUGUUGGAGGUGAGGACAGUGAUACCCUCUAUAGGCUGGAAAUCCACUACAACAAUCCCAACAGGGAAACAGGUAGAACAGACAGCUCAGGACUGAGACUGUACUAUACAGCUCAACUCCGGCAGCAUGAUGUGGGCAUCCUGCCCACAGGUCUGCUGCACUUUGACAAAAUGCAGUACAACAUCCCCCCAAAAGCCCCUCGGUUCCACACCUAUGGAGUGUGUAAUACCACUAUCAUUUCUCAGUUUGUGAAUCCUUUGCCUGACUUACAAGUAUUCGCUGUGCUGUUGCAUACUCACCUGGCUGGGAGGAAGGUCAGAGUUGGCCACUACAGAAGUGGAAAGCAGAUCGACUUCUUGGGCUUGGAUGAAAACUACGACUUUGAGAUACAGCAGAUCAUUAAUUUGGGAAACAUCAAGACCAUCCAGCAGGGUGAUGAGAUUGCAGUGGAGUGCACCUACAAUACUACCAAUCGCGUUGGCGUCACUAAGAUGGGGUUAGCGACCACUGAUGAGAUGUGCCUGGCAUUCCUCCUCUAUUACCCUGCAAUCGAGAUCUCCUUAUGUAUUAGCCACCCAAAUACAACACACCCACUGAUGAGCAGAAGCUACCGGACGUCUGUGGUGACCAUCCCUUCAGACCUGGAAAUUGCUGAGUAUGAGGGUUUGCUGAAGGCCGUUCCACAAAUCCAAAUGGCAGUUAAUGACCAAAGCCAGCUCUCAUCUUACAAAAACGGCUUUGUCAGGGAGAUGAUGAAGACACCGACGGUCACUUGUCAAAAUAACAAAGCAUCAAGUAGACUUGGCACCUCCUGGAUUGUGAACCCUGCAAGAUUCACACUUUUGCUACUGUGGAUUGCAAAAAUGUGACGUGGUUGUAUUUGCAACAGAUCCAAGCCAUUGCAAUCUUGAUAAAGGCAGGCACAGUUGAUAAAAUCUCAGUUGUAUCCAACAUUCAACUUUACAGGACAGGGUGUGCAAUGUUUUCUAUGUAUUGUUUUCUCUAUUCAUAGCAUAUCUUUUGCCUUUGCUAUUAAUUGUUAAUCACAGAUUGGAAAUCAUAUUAUUUGGCAACUGUCAUUAUUAUCACAUUAAGAUUUAUUAAGAUUUAUACUGCUGUCUUACUUUAUACUCUGCUUCAUAAAAAGCACAAAAUGCUUGGUCAUAAGUGCCUAGAGACAAAUCAGUGAACAGCACACUCUGUUCAGUUUUAAGGUAGUUUGAUUUCAGCAUACAUAAUCAAAUGUAUACCUUAAUUAUACCUUAAUACACACAGCACUGUACCAUGAACAUGAAGUAGCUAGAUAGAAAUUCAGAUAUCAGUCACUUUAUAUUUACAUAUUUGUUACAAAAUUACAUAGACUGUGAUAGGGGAUUUUAUCAAUAAUGCCCAAUAUGUUUCUCAUUCACUCUGUGCAUAUGCC